GAGGUAGCGUAUAUUUACGCGCGCAUUAAUAUAUUAAGUUCACGCAGGCAGAAACAGGCUGCUCAGCCGGUUAUUUGGAGUUGACUAGAUUUCCCGUCAGCCCUGUGGUGAGCGUCAGUUUUCUUUUUUCAGCAGAGUUUUUUGGUCUGCAGCUGGAUUAGCUACGUGGACGCGCGGCUGUGCAGCAGUCAGUUUUAUGGGUAGUUUUUGCGGUGAAUUUUUCACUGGAAACGCUGGAUUGGACGCCUGAUUUUUACACAAUUUUCUGAAUUGCUUUCUUUUGUGUAUUUAUUACUUGAGUCCAAACUGCCGAUAAGUUGGAUUAAAAUAUUUUGUGAACUGUAAAGUGAUUUCUGAUCUCAUAUCUGGACAGACACGAGCGGACGGGCAGAGGCUGUGCGAGCUCAGCAGCAUCAGACUGUGGGUUUAGUGGAACUGAGCCUCCUGUGCCAACGCCUUUUCCCCUUCUCUUCGCUUCGCUCUAGGCUGGGAAACUAAAGCUCACACCGACCCCAGAGCUAGUGGGACGGCGUUUUCCCUUCAGCUCAUGAAACCACAGUCCGACACCCAAGAAUUAGUUUGAAAGCACAAAAAACAAAACAAAACAAAACAAAAUAUGGGCUGCACGAUCAGCGCCGAGGACAAAGCUGCGGUGGAGAGGAGUAAAAUGAUUGAUAAAAACCUGCGAGAAGACAGAGAGAAAUCCUCCAGAGAAGUGAAACUACUUUUACUGGGCGCUGGAGAAUCUGGGAAAAGCACAGUAGUCAAGCAGAUGAAAAUCAUUCAUGAAGAUGGCUACUCAGAGGAGGAGUGCAAGCAGUACAAAGUGGUCGUGUACAGCAACACCAUCCAGUCCAUCAUGGCCAUCAUCAGGGCAAUGGGUCAGUUAAAGAUAGAUUUCGGAGAUGAGGCACGAGCGGAUGACGCUCGCCAGCUGUUUGCCCUGGCAAGCUCAGCAGAGGAAGGAGUGAUGUCUGCAGAGCUGACCGACUUGAUUCAGAGGCUGUGGAAUGAUGCUGGAGUUCAGGCCUGCUUCGAUCGAUCUCGAGAGUAUCAGCUCAACGACUCUGCUGCAUACUACCUGAAUGACCUGGACAGAAUCUGCCACCUGGACUACAUCCCAACUCAGCAGGAUGUUUUACGCACACGUGUGAAGACCACCGGGAUUGUUGAAACUCACUUUGCAUUCAAAGACCUGUACUUCAAGAUGUUUGAUGUUGGAGGCCAGCGCUCAGAGAGAAAGAAGUGGAUCCAUUGUUUUGAGGGUGUCACUGCGAUCAUUUUCUGUGUGGCUCUCAGUGACUACGACCUCGUCUUGGCUGAAGAUGAGGAAAUGAAUCGGAUGCAUGAGAGUAUGAAGCUUUUUGACUCCAUCUGCAACAACAAGUGGUUCACUCACACCUCCAUCAUCCUGUUCCUCAACAAGAAGGACUUGUUUGAAGAGAAGAUCAACAGAAGUCCACUUACUAUCUGCUACCCCGAGUACACUGGUGGGAGCUCAUACGAAGAGGCAGCAGCUUAUAUCCAGUGCCAGUUCGAAGACUUAAAUAAACAAAAGAGCAACAAGGAGAUCUACACACACUUCACAUGUGCGACAGACACCAAGAAUGUGCAGUUUGUGUUUGAUGCCGUAACUGAUGUCAUCAUCAAGAUCAACCUGAUGGAGAUUGGGCUCAACUGAAAGCUCAGCUGCCUUCCAGGUUUCAGAACAAUCAGGACUUCUGGGAUAUCAUUUCUGCAGAGGGCAAAGUUGAAAGUAGGUGUCACAAAGGACUAAACUGGAUGCAGGUCACGAUGCAUGCAGGACCUAAACGGCACUAAUUUUGGGACUUGCAACAGUUAUCACUUUUGUCUUAAUAGGAUUUAAGAUGUGGCAUGCCCUGGGAAGAAUUAAGUGGGCAAAGAUUGUGAAAUGAUCACUAAGUCCUGUCAUAUUUAAGAUCUUUAUAUCACGCAGGCAGGUUUAUAGUUUUUUGUCAUCUGCACAAGGACCAAAACUGACUGCCUGUUCAUCAGAUCCAUCAAUGCAUUUCACAGUUUUUAUGGCUAAAAUGUUUAUUCUUUUCACCAUCAUGUUGCGUUUUGUCUUAGCUGUAUCACAUUACGUUAUUGAAUAUUUGCAUCUGUCAUAUUUUAAUUUUUACUUUCAGUUAUGUAGUAUUCCCAUUUUGGGGAUGCAUGAAUGCUAUAACAUGUAUAGGACAAAAUUUUGUGUGAUUGGUUUGAUGUGAAGCAUAAAAUGUAACCAGUUGGGUCAGGGAUUAGUUAGCUGGAGACUAAUGAGCUCAGUAGCCACAUCUGUGUCUGCAUAGCUGUUUUUUUUUUGUUUGUUUUUUAUCUUAACAUGACCACAAUGUACUGAA